GGAUGCAAUUUUUCUCCUUGCUCUUAGCCAUCUUCUUCAUCUAUCUCUCUGCGUUAUGGAGUAAUUAAAGUAAUUAAUGAUGCUGGAGAAGUGCUAAAUCCUUAACUCUCGUGUAUUUUACACAAAGUUAUAGUAGUAUAUUACGCAAAGUCCUCGUGCAUCUGCACAAAUUUCACGAAUUUUUCCGUGGUUCCGUCUCAUGUAUUGUUUGCUGCUGUUAGUAUAGUUGGAGUCGAUUCAGCGACGUCUGCCUUCGAAUUCAUGGAAGAAUCAGCUGAUAUGAAUUCUGGAGAUGAUAAGACUCAUUCUGGUAAAACCAAGAAGCGAACGAUCAAGACACCUGCUCAAGUUGAAGCUCUUGAAAAAUUUUAUGAUGAUCAUAAAUAUCCUUCAGAGUCCAUGAAAUCACAGCUAGCAGAGUCAAUAGGAUUGACGGAAAAGCAAGUCUCUGGAUGGUUUUGUCAUCGCCGGCUAAAGGAUAAGAGAUUGUCUAGUGGUGAAGUAUCUUUGAAUGGAAAACAAGAGCGUUCAAGUGGUAUUAUUCAGGAUCGUGGCAGUGGAUUUAGACAGGAUUCUUGUGGUAGCGCCAAGCAAGGUGAUGACAGAACACCUGACCCCCGCGAAGUAGAAAGCAGAAGGUUGAAUGGUGCAGAGUUCUCAACUCCUGACCUAACUCAUGAUUUUGGUGGUCACCUUGCUAGGAAUCAUAAUGGCAUGGACAAUACAUCCCUUGGAAGUAACUCUUCUUUGCGGAACACACAUUUCCCCCUUAAUGCAGAAUCUUUUGAUGAGGGCAAUUCAAGAUACCUAACAAAUAGUUGUCCAGCAGAUAUGCCUGUGAAACCUAGAACUGGUCCAUCAGGAUACUUAAAAGUCAAGGGGCAUGUUGAGAAUGCUGCAAUUUUUGCUGUAAAGGGACAGCUAGGGAGGCAGUAUCGUGAAGAUGGUCCUCCACUCGGUGUUGAAUUUGAACCACUUCCCCCACGUGCUUUUGAAUGCUCAGUGCAGAAUGAUCCUAAUAAUGUUUACCAUGCUGUAGAACAUGAAGCUGCUCGAUCAGAGGAUUUUCCUGAAGUUCAUAGGCAACAGAAUUCUAGCACAGUAAGUAAACCUCUUGUGCAUAACUGCAUAUAAUAAUCUUAACAUUCCAGAUAUGAGUAAUGAUCAGAGUACCUCAUUUUCCGUUCUGAUGAUAGAUGAAAAUUGCUGACAUUGGGCUUGGAACUUUUAUAUGGAGUAGAUACUUGCCAACAUUUUCGUGUAACCCCUAGUCACUUCACUUGUUUGAUCUGGAUAUAAUAGUGCAUUACAAUUUACAGCAAUUAUGGAGCAUGUUUUUGAUAUGAAAAAGCAAAUCUGGACACCCUCUUUAAAAAAUGGUUAUUUUUGUCAUGAGAUUAACAUAGGAAUAGUACUCUCGUCUUAUUAUCUGUCUUUUUUCUUUCCGUGUGUAGUUUUUGACCAACACUACCACUUAAAAUAUACUAACAAAAAUGAUUUUUUUAUAUAUUAUAAAUAUAAUCAUAUCACAUAUUAUGGUAGAAAUUCUGUAUUUAAUUCAUUGUAUAUUUUUUUUGUAUACAGUUGGUCAUAGUUUGACACCCAAAAACAAAAUGGACAACUAAAAAAAUGGAAGGAGUAUUGCUCCAGCAUGUUUGGCUUCUUAUUUAGGGUGUAUCUAUUAAUCAUGCUUCUAAAGUUUCUUUUUAUUCUGUGUGACAUGUUUUAUGAAGCUGCAUUUAGUUAUUUAUUGUAGUAUCACCCAAUGCUGUUUGCUGGCUUGGAUUUUCAUGGGCAAUUUACUCAUACAUUGUCAGACACCGAUGGCCGAUACUAACUAUAAUGACAUU